AUGGUGGCGGCCUUGAAGCAGGUGGGGACGGUAGCCUGGCUCAGGAAGAUGUUGAAAAUAUCUGAGGACAUCCGCCAGCUGACCAGAAGUCUGUUAAAGAACGAGCGCGAGCCGGGCCCUGGAACGUUGCCCGGAUUCAAACGGCGGGCGGUUGGGCUCGCGCCAGCGGACGGCCCGCGCAGCCCGGGGCCGGACUGGGGGAGGGGGCGGGAGGCGGUGCAUCAUGGCGGCGCGCCUGCAUGCCCGAAGGACAGAGCGGGCGAGCGGGAGGAGUGGGGGAAGCUCGACGUCGCGGCCCGGGGGAGAGUAGAUGAGGGUGAAAGGGAAGGUGGUCGGGGGAUUGAGGUCCGGUUGAGGAAGAUGGCCGAGGAUGCGAAGGAGGAGCAGAGAAGGAAUGGUGGAGAGUCCGAGGGGUUGGUCACCUCAACGGAAGACGAUGGACAGGUGGCCCAGGGGGCGAGUAAGGGGCAGGCUGAAGACGGUGGGGGGCCCAACCCGCUGGUCUCUUCAAUUGAAGAGGGUGGACAGGUGGCCCAAGGUGUGAGGGAGGAGAAUAGAGAGAGUGACCAAACAACUGAGGGAUUGGACUCUUCAAUGGGUGUGGAGGAGCAGGCAGGCCAUAGUUCAGGGUCCCAGUGGCAGAUACGCGUGGAUCAUUGGUGGACCGAGGAGUUGGACACUUCAAUUGACGAUGAACAACGGACUGAGAGUGUGCAGGAGGAGCAGACAGAUAAUGACCAGAGACCUAAGAAGUUGUUAUUUGCAGUAGAAGACACUAAGGCUGUUAGGGAUGAAUGGAGACCGUUGAUUAACCUGCCACUUGAGGUCUUGGAAGAAUUUGAGUACGAUAGUGAAGACCACACCCAGCAAGUGAAGGACAGCGAAGAAUUUGUCACCACAGCAGAGGAGCAAGAGGCUGCAAAAGACUGGAAAACAGAAGGCGAUGAUGAAGUCCAAAUAGAAAACAGUUUGGACUUCAGAAUAGAAAUGGUUGAAAGAACUAGCAUUACCCUGUCAAAGUAUAAAUCAGAAUCAGUCUCUGUUGACGUAAAUGUCGAAGAGACUAAAACUCGCAAACUGAUCAGGUAUCUCUGUAAUCAAGUGCAGCAACUACGAGAGCCUCAAAUAAAUAAACUGACAUUGUAUAUUUUUGGCAGUGAAGAUGCGGUAUUGAAAGAAUGUGAACGUGCUAGAAACAUGGAUACCUUCAUCUUUCACCCUUAUAACACCAUCAGGAGCUACUAUGUCUUGUUUAAGUUGGUGCUUACAAUCCUCAAUCUUAUUUUUACACCACUUGGGAUCACUUUUUUUGACAAAGAUCAAGGCAUAAAAACAAUUGGAUGGCGAUUCUUCAGUUUUGGGUCUGACAUGUUUUUUCUUGUUGACAUCCUUAUAAAUUUUAGAACGGGCAUCUAUACUGACGACCGUGAGGUGGUUAUUUUGAAUCCAAAAGCUAUUGCUAAAAACUACAUCAAAUCUUGGCUUCUGCCUGAUUUUUUAGCAGCUUUUCCUCUCGAUUUCUUAUUAUAUCUUAUUAAGUGGGAACACUGUAACUUCCACGUGUCCCGGGAGCAGUGCGCCAAUAACGCGUAUAUGGGAACGACCGACUUGUUCCUUCACCGUCCCCAGUCACCGCCCUUCGUGAUGAUUUGGACCUACUUCAAUUCGUCCACCGUCUACCGCCCACAACAGAUUGAUAACGGAUGCGAUCUUGCUGGCUCUCCACUCUGCGCUAGAUCACCUGGACAACAGGAACAUGUAUGUAGUUCAGCGUUCAACAACGUUAUUGCUUCCAAACUCCUCGUCAAAUUCAGUGAGCUGGUGCCACGUGGCAUGCUUCCAGUCGUGGGAGUGGAGAGAGCAGGUGCCAGCAUGAAGGCGGCAACAAAUGUAAAUCUGGAACCAAUGGAGUUGCUUCUGCGUACUUUGUCUGUUUGCUUUAUAAUGCUAAUUGUCUGCCAUUGGAAUGGGUGCCUUCAGUUCUUUAUUCCUAUGAUGCAAAGAUUUCCUGAGAACAGUUGGGUGGUAAAAGCAAAUCUCACGGAAGCAUGGUGGGCUGAUCAGUACUCAGCAGGAGUACUUCGUGCCAUCUCUCAUACUCUAGCCAACAGCUAUGGGCCAGGAGGUUUACCCACAGACUUAUCAGAGGUUGCAUAUACAGUGAUCAGUAUGAUUUCUGGAGCCCUGAUGCAUACAUUAAUAGUGGGAAAUGUGGCGGCUAUGGUGUUAAAUGCAGAUGCUCCAGGGCGCAUGUACAGAGAAAAGUUAUGUCAAGUAGAAGAGUACAUGGAAAAUAGGAGACUCCCUCGGAAGUUAAGGCUGAAGAUUGCAAACUAUUACAAAGAACGCUUUCAUGGCAAAUGGUUUAAUCAAGAAGAAAUUAUUGCUGAAUUGUCAGAGUUCUUGAAAGAGGAUGUUUUGUCUUUUCUAUGCAGAAAUCUGGUCAAUAAUGUACCACUGUUCCAAAAUGCAGAUCCGAAUUUUUUAAAAGCAGUAAUCACAAAUUUGCAAUAUGAAGUCUUUCAGAAAAAUGACAUAAUAAUAAGAGAAGGUGCUACAGCGGAAAGGAUGUUCUUCAUUGAAUCUGGUAUUGCUUCAGUGGAGACAGCAUAUUAUCAAAAGCUGCUUUCUGAUGGUGCUUAUUUUGGAGAGAUCUGCCUUCUCACUAAAGGUUACCGUAAAGCAUCUGUUCGGGCAGUCACUCUUUGCAAAAUGUACUCAUUGUCAGCAGGCAAAUUUAAUGACUUGCUGAAGCAAUUUCCUGGUGCUAGAGCGAAAAUAAUAAAAAUGGCGGCCCAAAGGCAAAGAACCCUAAAAAGAGCCGUAGAACAGUGGAAACCAUAGGUCUUCAGCAACCUGAUGAAACAAGAACAAUUUGUAAAAACCUGUAUAUUUUGUAUUUGUAUAUUAUUUGACAGUUAAUUUAAUAUAAUAAUCUUAAAUGUAUU